UAAUCUUUUCUGGAACCCAUCGAGCUACCCCUUUGGUCACCAAAUAUCCCCUCCGAAAAAGCGCAGCUUCCCCUUGUCGCCAAAUCCAGUCACACCGACCAGGCUAAGAGAACCUCUUCCCUCUUUCCACUGUUCACACACUCGUUUACACACGCACCUCCCCACGGAAGCUACCACGUCUUCCAUUCUCUGCGUCGCUCAACGAAAUCGAACCAUCACAUAACCCCUCAACCACAAUACCAUCAAUAUGAAGGCCAUUAUUCUCGUCGGCGGCUUUGGCACUCGUCUUCGCCCUCUGACCCUCACCCUCCCCAAGCCCCUGGUCGAGUUCGCCAAUAAGCCCAUGAUUGAGCACCAGAUCGAGGCUCUUGCUGCUGCUGGUGUCACCGAUGUUGUCCUCGCUGUCAACUACCGCCCUGAGGUUAUGGAGAAGCACUUGGCUGAGUACGAGAAGCGCUUCGGCCUGAACAUUACCUUCUCCGUCGAGACCGAGCCCCUCGAUACCGCUGGUCCUUUGAAGCUGGCCGAGAGCAUUCUUGCCAAGGAUGAUACCCCCUUCUUCGUCUUGAACUCGGAUGUCAUCUGCGACUUCCCCUUCAAGGACCUGGCCGAGUUCCACAAGAACCACGGCGAUGAGGGCACCAUUGUUGUCACCAAGGUCGAGGAGCCUAGCAAGUACGGUGUCGUUGUCCACAAGCCUAAUCACCCCACCAAGAUCGACCGUUUUGUCGAGAAGCCCGUGGAGUUCGUUGGCAACCGCAUCAACGCCGGCAUGUACAUCCUCAACACAAGCGUUCUCAAGCGCAUUGAGCUUCGCCCCACCUCGAUCGAGAAGGAGACCUUCCCCGCCAUCGUCAAGGAUGGUCAACUGCACAGCUUCGAUCUUCCCGGCUUCUGGAUGGACGUUGGUCAGCCCAAGGACUUCCUUACCGGUACCUGCCUGUACCUCACCUCCCUCACUAAGCAGGGUUCCAAGGAGCUUGCCUCCCCUUCAGAGCCUUACGUCCACGGCGGCAACGUUCUGAUUGACCCCACUGCCAAGAUUGGCAAGCACUGCAAGAUUGGACCCAACGUGACGGUCGGCCCCAACGUCGUCAUUGGCGACGGCUGCCGUCUUCAGCGCUGUGUCCUGCUGCCCGGUUCCAAGGUCAAGGACCAUGCGUGGGUUAAGAGCACCAUUGUCGGCUGGAACAGCACUGUUGGCAAGUGGGCUCGUCUUGAGAACGUCACUGUCCUCGGCGACGACGUGACUAUUGGUGACGAGAUCUACGUCAACGGUGGCAGCAUUCUCCCUCAUAAGAGCAUCAAGGCCAAUGUCGACAUCCCCGCCAUCAUCAUGUAAAACCAAACCAAACAACCCACAAAACACUAUACCCGGGCCUGGACGAACACUCUGAGGGUUCGCACUCUUCACACUUCUUGUCUGCACGCCUGUUCUUAUCGACUUUCUAAUUCCAAGUUGCGAUACG